AAAGCUGCUGAAGGACUUUAUAUAAAGGUGGGUGUGGGGCUUUUGGGUCUUUACAGGUAGAGAAUUGGUGAGACUAAUUACUUGUUAUUAUUGAUACUUUGUGUUUAGUGGGACUAAGUGAUGGGUAGGCAGCCUUGCUGUGACAAGCUUGGUGUGAAAAAAGGGCCAUGGACAGGGGAGGAAGACAAGAAACUCAUCAACUUCAUUCUUACCAAUGGCCAGUGUUGCUGGCGUGCUGUUCCUAAGCUCGCUGGCCUCCGCCGCUGCGGCAAGAGCUGCCGGCUUCGGUGGACUAAUUAUCUCCGGCCUGACUUGAAGAGAGGCCUUCUUUCUGAGGCUGAAGAACAGUUGGUUAUUGACCUUCAUGCCCGUCUUGGCAAUAGGUGGUCGAAGAUUGCAGCCAGGUUGCCAGGCAGAACUGACAAUGAGAUCAAGAAUCACUGGAACACCCACAUCAAGAAAAAGCUUCUUAAAAUGGGAAUUGACCCUGUUACUCACGAAUCCUUGAACAAAGAAGCUAAGGCUGAAGAAAGUUCUUCCCAUGCUGAUCAUUCUGCAGAUAAUCAAAAUACUACAGAAAAUGAUGGCAUCGUCAACUCAUCAGAGGAUAAUUCGAGUACACCAACUGAGAAUUGCUCUAGUACUACCGAUGAUUCCAAUUUGUUAGACAGCAUUUGCAAUGAUGAAUCUUUAUUGACUAGCUUAUUAUGGAUGGAUGAACCUCCCCUAGUUGAUGCUUCAUGGAACAGCGUACCAGCAGGAGAAACAGCUUGUAAUGGCACAAGCUUGCCACCUUGGGAGGACGACUGCGCAUGGUUGCCAGACUGUCAGGAUUUUGGUAUUCAUGACUUUGGAUUCGACUGCCUAAACGACAUUGAAUUAAACACGAUGAACACGUUAGAGAUGGGCGACAAAACAGUAGCUUGAUCGUGCACCAUAGUUGAAGUUCUGAGUAAAAAAAUUCAACAAUACUUAAAGCUUCAAAUUAAGGCGCAUGUGUUACAAAGUUUUAUGUCUAGUUCAUUCUUAGGUCCUCAGUGUUGAUGCUAUCUUCCUGUAUUUGGGAAUAUUGUUGGAAGGUCGAAGGUAAACCUCGCUUCUUCAGAGGUUUCUCACCUACCAGUUCAAAAGUGAUACCAACCCUCAUAUCCUCAAGAUGUGAUAUCUCUUUGUGCAUGCCUUGCAAAUAUUGUAAAUCUUUCUUCUGUAAAAGACAGUGAAACAAUUAUUAUUCAGCCAAAGAAACAAGAGAAGAUAGGGACAUAUUGGGCAUGAUAAAAGUGCUAGUGGGUUUUGUGAACGUGAAACCUCUUUGUAUAUAUUUAUAAGCAAAUAAAGGUAAAAGAACAUUGCUUACUUUGUUGUAA